AUGGUUCAAUCACUCGCGACUUCGUCCAAGGUCUUCCAUGAUUUCUGCUCAACCAUGGCUCGUGAUCUCAACGCGAUCGUUGUUGCUCCUUCGUACAGGCUAGCUCCGGAGCAUCGUUUACCGGCGGCGUACGAAGACGGGACCGAGGCGUUGGAUUGGAUUGGAAAAUCCGACGAUGAGUGGAUCAGAUCUCACGCUGAUUUCUCUAAUGUGUUUCUAAUGGGAACGAGCGCUGGGAUUGAGAUUUGCAGAUUCCGUCUCCGAUCUGAUUCCGUUACAGAUCCGUGGAUUGAUUCUACACCAUCCAUUCGACUUGUGAACGAUCGGAUUCUUCCUCCGGUAAUCACCCAUGUUUUCUGGGAUCUUUGUCUUCCCGUCGGAGUUGAUCGUGAUCAUGAGUAUUCGAAUCCGACGGUGGGAGGUGGAUCGGAGAAUCUGGAGAGAAUCGGAGUGGUGAAUUGGAAAGUGAUGGUGAUCGGAGGAGAAGAAGAUCCGAUGGUAGAUCGGCAGAGAGAUUUCGCGGAGGUGAUGAAGAAGAAAGGGAUUGAAGUGACGGAGAAAUUUACCGGCGGCGAUGCUCACGCUGCUCAGAUAUUUGAUCCUUCAAAACGUGAAACUCUGUUUGUUUCCGUUUGA